AUUUUGUUAAACGGACAACUAGAACCCAAGUGAGUCUUUAGCACCCCCUGGUGGUCAGUACUGAGCUGUACAAACAACAUGGCGGCGCCCAUCAGGACUUUGUGCUGCUCAGCCUUCAGACUUUCCAGCAGACACUUCAGCUCCACGUGUGGAGUACAAGCCGGACAGAAAUGGAGGAAAGAACAUGGACUGUCCAGAAGCGGCACAGAAUAUGGACCAAUGACAGAUCUGCCUGACUGGUCUUUUGAAGAUGGACGUCCUGCUCCUCCUCUGAAAGGCCAGCUGAGAAGAAGACAAGAGAAAGAAGCUUUGGCCAGGCGUAUUGUGAUGCUGAGCUCAGAAGUGGACCGAGGAAUUGAAGUCUGGGAGGAGAAGCAGCAAGAGGCCAAACGACUGGAGGAGCACAAAAAGUCUCUUUUACUCAAGCCCAAAGGAAAUCUGUUAAUAAAGAAACCUAAGAGUUAGGGACUGAUUAUUCAAUAUUCUUUUAAUAAAUGCUGUGUCUGUUUUGUCACAAAUGGCCAU